AUGGUCUGUGACGACGGCCUCCAUGCCUCAUCGCCUUCCGCGCCCCGCAAAUCGCUUCGGAGACUCGCUUCCACAAGAGGAUUCAAACCACGUUCCGAUUUUACCUGGAUACGCGUUUUCGAUGGUCUGGAGCCCUACGCUAUAGAUUCGCCCAGCAAACUCAUCAAGAUAUCCCCAAACACAACUGUCGAAGAUGUAAACAAGAAACUCGGGUUCAGUGAGGAGUUAACGCUUUGGAUCCAAAUUGGUGGAGACAAUUCGCGGCGUUUGGAUUUGAACGAGUUCCCUUUGCGAAUCCAGGAUCACGUUUUGGCUAAGAAUGGAUGGACAUCGGAAGCUAGGCAGCUACGACUGGCUGUAGAUCCGGAAUUGCGCCAUACACUUCGUUGGUGUGCAGGCCCUGCUAGCCGAUCCGGUGGAGUGUUACGUUCGGGCACUGUUUAUGUUCUUAAAGGUCACGUGUUUCCGCAAUGGAAGCCAAGAGUGGCACAUAUUCUGGGAUCACAACUUCAUACCUAUGGAAUAGCGUGGGACUUAUUAGAGCUAAGUGGCGGCCGCAUUGAGUUCUGCCAGCCAAAGGCUCAAAAGCUCGUUCUUUGUGUGAAACCGCGUCACCAAGGGAACAGCUUGUUGGAUGCUGGAGUAAACCAUCUCUUCCUCGGGUUUAACACCGUGUGGGAACGUAAUAUGUGGUUCUGCUGGUUGACAGAGUAAAACUACAUUGUAAUGGUGGAAAAUAAUAAAAUGAAGUGCGAAGAGGAGGAGAUUGAUAGUUUAGAUGUGUUUUCUCAACAGAGUGUUGUAUUUAUGGACAGUUUAGAACCUACGUUCAAAGAAAAGUGUGAAAACUCGGGUACACAAAGCACCCAGCCACCAAAUGUCCUGGACCUCAGCGGAGGCGGUCGUUCCUGCCUUCCUGUGGCACUCACGCAACAUGCUUCCGACGGGUUUGCGGUACGCGUGCUUCGUAUGCGCGGGAACUCCCUGCCUGCCGUUCCUCCGCAAACAUGUACGCUUCAAGCACUGACGCAUCUGGAUAUUAGUAAUAACAGGAUCAGCGAGCUGCCCAAAGAUAUAUGUCAACUCACACAAUUAGAAGAGAUCAAUGUCAGUGAUAACGAAAUACACUCCCUCGACUACAUAUUACGACUACCCCGGCUGAGGACUCUUGUAGCAGCGCGGAAUCUGAUACAACAUUUUAGUUUAAAUAAUACAAAUCAAAUGGGUCCAGGGGAAGAAACUAAAUGCGAAUAUCGCGCACCACUAACGAACGUCGACCUCCGUCAUAACAGAUUGAAAGGAAGCAUUAUCCUUGGAAAUUAUGAGCAUUUAGUUUCUCUGGAUGUUUCAUUCAACGCAGUCGAGGUACUGGUUCUGUCUGCGUUACGUGGUCUUCGCGAGUUAUAUGCAGCCCACAAUGUCAUACAACACCUAGCCUUACACGGUGCUUCAUUACGAAUUUUACAUGCUCCGUACAAUCAAAUGGAUAGCCUGACGACUAUGGUGCCACCUAUCAACUUAGUGGAGAUCGAUGUGUCACAUAACAAAUUAUCGUCCUUGCCACAAUGGCUUAGCGGCUGUUCUGACUUGACAAAACUCUUUGCCAAAGUUGAAGAGAUAAUUAUUUCAGGUAAUUCCUUGACUAAGUUACCAGAUAACUUGCCACAGUUAAAUAAUAUUAGAGUUGUACGUGCCCAUUCAAAUAGGUUACGCAGUGUUCCGAUGUUUGCAUGCAGUGCUUCAGUUAAAAUAUUAGACUUCGCUCAUAAUGAAUUAGAUAGUAUCGACCUGCGAUUGCUUGCUCCAAAACAGUUGAAAUUUCUAGAUAUAUCGUGCAAUAAAAAGUUACAAAUGGAUCCAUCCCAAUUUAAUGCAUACAAAUGUCAACGUCCGCUAAGUCUUGUAGAUGUUACUGGCCAAAAUGCAACUACAUGGUCUCAGAAAAGUAAUUAUCAUGAAGAAUUAAAUGGUGCUACCCCUUGGGUGACAGGGUUUUCUGAGUGUCCCAGUAAGAGCUUGCAACUAUCUUGUGCCCAAAUACGUCUUCCAUCAUUUUGCAAUAAAGAAGGUCUGUUUGCGAUAAUAGAUGGUGAAACAGAUGUUGAAGUACCUAAGAUUUUACAGUCAAGUUUGCCAGGAUUACUUCUUGAAGAGAAAUCUAUUAAAGAAACUGUGAAUGAGUACAUGAAAUAUGUAGUCCUUUCGGCUCAUAGAGAAUUGAAACAAAAAGGUCAAAGAAAGGGCGCCUGCCUAAUAAUGUGCCACUUAUCUCCUAUAAUUGCAACGGAAAAUGGGUUUGGCCAGACAACUCGAAAGUAUAACCUAAGGUUAGCUAACGUUGGCAAUACGAAAGCUGUUUUAAGUCGUCGUACCGGAACUUUAUGCUUAGGGAUAGAAAAUAACAAACGUUUAGGUUACUCUUCCCGAUAUCCAAAUACAGUACCUGAUCCAGAUAUAAUACAAACAGUUAUCAAAGAAGAUGAUGAAUUUUUGAUAUUAGCUAAUGGGAAAUUCUGGAAUGCCGUAACAGUGGAUGCUGCUGUAUCAGAAGUAAGGGCUGAGAGAAAUCCAGUGCUAGCAGCAAAGCGAUUGCAAGAUUUAGCUCAAAGUUACGGAACAGAAGACUGUAUUUCUGUUGUUAUUGUAAGAUUUGACACAGUACGCCCGGACGUUGAUUUGCUUAUGCGUGAGCUUCGAAACACAAUUACCACUAAUAAGAAUAUAUGCAGGCCUGAUUGCUGUUGCUCUCGUUUGGAACCCUGUUGCCAUUCGAUUACACCUCCCAAGUCAACUAGCGAUAGAUCAUCACCAAGUGGACAAAGUGAUAGACCUCCAAGUGAAAUAGUAAACCAUCAACAUUACGCAAGUGUUAGGUCUCAUAUUCGUGCUUCUGAAAGAAGACCUCGCGGCGCUGUGGCUAGAGCAAUACGAGUUCGAGUUGAAGAAGAAAAAGACGAUGAGCGGAGAAAUGAGGAGGAACCAUCUUCUGAUGAACAAUUUAAAUGCUGGGAGUACAUGCUAGAACAAAAUACUCAAAUGCUAUUUGAUAAGGAACUCGAUAAUCUAUCAAAAGGUAUUAAGACGAAUAGCAGCCUAAAAAAUUUAAAAGGUUUAUCUGGAAGCAGCCCUCAGCUUCAUUUGACAGGGCAGCCGGAGAUUCAGAAACAAAACAAGUCUAAAGUUCCAUUCCUAUCAAAACAUUUUGGGAGCGCUAGAUCUUUUGGUAAUAACUUGAAACCUGAAUUGAGAUUUGGGUCGGGUAGAAUGCCAAAUGGUGGACCAAAUGCUGCAUACUUUGGUUCGCUUCAGAGACUUAUGCCUUAUCAUUUAGAAUAUGAUUUUGCUGUUAUACAAGAAAAAACAGCACCAUCCCAGGAUUCAUUGGACCUCGAAGGUCGAAUGCAGCAGUACUGGGGAGUGGCUACAACGGAACUGUAA